AUGCCUAAUUCUGCCCACUACAUCCCAGCGCCUGGGAGCGCUGAAUACAAUAAACAGUUCCAACAGUGGGAUGCUGAUGAGCGACCACAGCAAUAUGCUGCGAUCAUCAUAUGUUCAGUCGCAGCGACCGUUUCGGUGGCAUUACGUCUGUAUGCCCAGCGCAGGUACGGUAAGGGCUGGGGACUGGACGACUUAUUCAUUAUUGUGGCUUGGCUGAUCGUUUUGGCCGAGUUGAUUGCUUCUUGUCAAGCGCUGGAAAGUGGAGCAGGUCUUCACCAAAUUCGCGUCCAGUACGAGGAUCAGGAUCCUCCUCAUGCGCUUUCCUACAUCUACACGAAUUACUGGAUCGUCGCUAUCCUCUGGGCUCCAGGCGUUCUAUUCGUCAAAUUGUCUAUCCUUGUCCUAUACCGACGCAUAUUCCUCGUCCAGCAACGAUGGUUCAAAGUUGCUCUUUGGGCGAAUGGCGCGUACGCUUUGGGACUGGGCAUUGCGUCCACUUUGCUGUUCAUCUUCCAGUGCCAUCCGAUCGACUACUACUGGACUCGGUAUGUCUCCUUCUACGGAGAACCAAUACCAGGCGGCGCAUGUUUGGCCCACACAGUCCAGUAUCUGGGAGCACCGCAGAUUCUCAGCACGGUUUCAGACCUGGUCAUUCUAUUCCUCCCAGUUCCGAUCAUCUGGAAUUUGACUAUCCAAACGGCGCGUAAGGUUGCUCUCUCCGCUGUCUUCCUACUUGGUGCUUUCACAGUUGGAUGUGGAAUCGCCAGGAUUGCCGUCAUCUUCCGAGUAACCAAUGAAACGGACGUGACAUGGAACAAUAUUGAUACAGUCACCUUCACUGUCGUUGAAGCCGCUGUCGGUAUCGUCUGUGCCUGCCUUCCAGCUGCCGCGCCCUUAUAUUCCGCCAUCAUGCAGAAAUUGGGACUGAUGUCCCCAUCUUCGACCGGAAACCACUACUACGCAAGCAACCAAAGAGUUAGUUCCCCGAAGCGACGCCUUUCGCGUCUGCCCAAGUUCUCUGGCGCCAAGCCACGAUACGAUGACCCCGGCAUGGAAUUCGAAGACUUGAUCGCCGAUCAAAAGUUCCAGGCAUGGUCACCAAGAAGGACUGAUGACAUUGAAAGUGCCUCGUCGCUUCAACGGCCCGACAAUGCCAUUACUGUGGAAAAUAAGAUUGAUGUGACCUCGUAUGCCGCCGAGAAUUCGUACCGUUAA